AUGGAGUUGAACGCCUUGUCGAGCUGGAUGGAGCAACAGUUGCGCGUGCUGCCGGGAAUGGCGACCAAUGGGACGCUCGAGGAGCUGCUCCUGGACACACUGAUCGAGUGGCCCUGGACGCCGGCAUUCUGGCUCGGUGCGCUGGCGCUCACCGUCUGCUACGGUCUCUACCUGUUCUACUACCACGCGAUGGUUUGGAAGCGCGACCUCACCGAGAUCGGCUACAAUCAUAUCCUGGACGCGGCCCGCAUUGGCAAGAGCGACCGGAAGCGUGUCGACAUCGUGAACCGGGCGCGUCGACAGCGCAAGAUCGGGUCCCGGCUGCCGCCACCCUACCCGAACGGCUGGUUCUCGGUGCUGGAGUCGGAGGAGCUAGCGCCGGGCGAGGCGAAGAGCGUCGACUGCCUCGGCCAGAACCUGGUCGUCUUUCGGACGCACACCGGCGAGGUGAACGUGCUCGAUGCGUACUGUCCGCAUCUGGGCGCUAACCUGGGCGUCGGUGGAAUCGUCCGAGGCGACUGCAUCGAGUGUCCGUUCCACCACUGGACGUUCAGUGGACGCGACGGGCAGUGCACCAACAUCCCGUACAGCCGGUCGGGGACGGUGCCGAAGGUGGCCAAGCUGCGCAAGUGGGUGUCGCGUGAGGUGAACGGGUUCAUCUUCGUUUGGCACCACGUCGACGCCGAUGCCGAGCCGUGGUCGUUCAACGUGGUGCAGGAGAUCGAGGACGGCCGGUGGGUGUACUACGGCAAGAACGACUUCCUGGUGAACUGCCACAUCCAGGACGUGCCGGAGAACGGCGCCGACGUGGCCCAUCUGGCCGCCGUGCACGGACCCAACAUGCUGUCCGGCAGCGACAUCCGCUACUCGCGCGCCGCCUGGGCCGACUUUGGCAUGCACUCGUGGCUCGCCAGCUGGAAAGCACCCGAGGAUGGUGAGGCGUCGCACGUCGCCACCAUGGACCUGGUGCACUCCUUCCGAAUCUUCAACAAACUCGAGGUCGGCAAGAUCGACGUCCGCGCGUUCCAGAUUGGGCCCGGGUACGUGCAGCUCAUGAUGAACCACGGCAUGGGACCGUUCGUGGUGCUCCAGACGGUAACACCGAUCGAGCCGCUCGUGCAGAGAGUCAUUCACCGCUUCUACGCACCGCGCAACGCGUGGAAUGCCAUCUUCCAGAAGUUUGCCAUCUGGGCCGAGAGUGUCAUGUUCGAGCGGGACAUGAUGGUGUGGAACCACAAGCAGUUCAUCGACAACCCACUGCUGAUCAAGGAGGACCGUCUCAUCAAAGCGUACCGGAAGUGGUACAGUCAGUUCUACUCCGAAAACAGCGUCAGCUUCGUGAUGGCCAAAGAAAAACUCGACUGGUGA